AUGGCUUCCACCACCAACCCACCCGUCUUCAUCGACCCCACGGCGUUCCCCCACCUCAUGGAUGCGUUCGUCAAAGACGCAGAGCUACCCACUCUCCUCAAGCUGCGCUCCCUUUCUAAGGAGUACCACGCCCGCUUCGACCGCCUCCUAUUCCAGCAUGUGGCAGUCACGGGCCCUCUCCGCCAGUAUCACCCAGACACUGGAGCCUACAUGGGUGAAGUAUUUGACAGUAUCCUCCCCCCCGUCCCUGGGGCUGCGGAGAUCAUAGACAUCGAGUAUAAGGAGCAUUAUUACUACUCGCUUCAAAAGCUGGGCCUCAACGCUGUUCACACCAUGCGCCGCAUGGGCGAUAUCGUGUACCACAAGGCCGGCUUCACCGACGCCCCGGGUAUCAAGACUGUCGACUUUUUUGAGUUUGAGAGGGAUGACAACGGUCGUAGGGGCUACCUGUCUACCAUCAACCUGCCGCGACAGGGAACGUCGUACAUUUUACACGUCAAGUGGUCCGAGGGGACCGACCCUUCGGACUGGAAGCCUGUACAGUUCACGGGCACACGUGAUAUCAAGGAUUGGGUCCUGGUGUUUCAUCCUGACGCAAUGGGUGGUGAUCAGUGGGCUCCCGAGAUUGCCUCGUCCUCGGCGUUCCAGGGAAUCUUCAGUCAAAUGAACAACUACUGUCGGAGGAAGGGGACGAGUCUUACAAUCGUUGGCGCUGAGAGGCUCCGCCCUGCCCAGUUUGGAGGCGACAGGGAGGCAGAGCGAGGUCCGCAAACGAAGGACUUGGUUCUUUCCGCCAUCAAGAAUGCCAACAGUACCGGUCCCAGCAUGAAGACAGAGGUCAACUUCCUCACGUACGACAAGUGGCUGUCCACCCUUGGAAAGAAGAAGCAAGUCGAGGGCGUUUGGCCGCAGGGCAAGCGCAGGUACACGUGUGCAGACUGUCCCGAGAUCUUUGAGCAAAGGCCCGUCAAGGUCAAGAACCAGUCCAGCACUCUGACGGCAUUCCUCAUGGCAGUAGGGUGGCGAUGCCGUAGAGACAACUGGUUGAUACUGAUCGAGGCCGCCAAGGUCCAGGUGGUGUUGUCUGGUGGAGUCAUUGACCACAUGGGGUUCCCGCACCUCAUCGACCUCAUAAUCGAGUUUGCCGACAUACCCACUCUCAUACGCCUCCGUUUCCUGUCGCACGAGUACCGCAACCGCAUGAACCGCAUCCUCUUCAAGCACGUCGCCAUCAUCGGCCCCAUCUUGCGAUUCGAUGACCCGCAGCUCCCAGCGGCAUACCAAAGGGCCAUGUCAUACCUGCCUCCUGUCUCCAGUCACCUUAUCCCACAGCAGAAGGGCGUCAUUCUCCCCCAUGUCCCGGCGGCCGUGGAGAUCGCCGACAUCGAAUACUGGCCGGCGCAUAAGGACAUGUGGAAGUUGGGCGGAUCGCCCGGGCCCCUCGGCCUCCACUCGGUUCACACGAUGCGGCGAUGGGGCGAGGCCGUCUCCCACAAACGGAGCAAUUACUUCCAUAACGUGAAGACGAUCGACUUCUUCGACCUCGACGCCGAGUGGACUCACCAUCCGAAGGGCCCCAAGUCCCUCAUCAGUCUUCCCAAACGCGGGACAGAGUACGUCCUCCACCUUAAAUGGUCAGAGGACAGCAGCCCAUGGAGCUGGAAGCCAGUCGAAUUCAAAAACACCCGCGGCAUCAAGCACUGGUGCCUCGUGCUUCACCCCAUCGAGACCACACACUCGUCCCGAGCAGGCCACGAUAUCCGUGCGUCGUCCGCCUUCCAGGUCAUCUUCCGCCAAAUGGCCAUCGUGUCCCGCAAGAAGGACAGCAGUGUCACGAUCGUUGGUGCCGAGACUGUCAACCCAGCCCAAUUCGGGGGACCCCGCCUGUCACAGAGGGGGAGCGACAUGGGGACCGAAGCUGUGCGCGAUGCGAUCAACAAGACCAAGACCGGCGGUGCCAACUCUCGACCUCUCAAGCUCACAUUCCUCACGCAUAACGAGUGGCUCGCUACGCUUGGCGCCAACAACGACGUGCAGGGCGUGUGGCCGACCGGUACACGCAAGUACAAGUGCCGUGACUGUCCCAAGGUGAUCCCCAUGGCCUCGUACGCGUUCAGGUGCACUGAAUGUGCAUAUGCGAUAUUCCUCGACGCGGACGCAGUCCUUCGCCAGCCGCAAACCCUCCUUCCCGCCAAGAUCGCCACUAUCGACCAUACGGCAUUCCCGUACAUCAUCGACAUGAUCGUUGACUUUGCCGACAUACCUGCGCUUCUCAAAUUCCGCGGUCUUUCGUGCGCUUAUCGUGACCGUAUUGACCGUCUGGUUUUCCAACACGUCGCAAUCACCGGCCUGCAUCAAAACGGUCCUCCGAAUUACGAUCAGUUCCUGGUCUGUCUCCCUCCGACCACCAGCCACCUCACUCCACUAAAGAGGGGUCAGACUCUUCCGCGCGUCCAGAAAGCUGUGCGCGUGGCCGACAUCGAGUACGUCCCCUUGCGUGGGACUGCCUGGCCGAUUCCCCAACGGCCCCCGAGUCACCGCGGCGUUCAUACCAUCCGUCGCAAGGGCAGGUUCGUGACCGAGGACGGCAGCAACUACUUCCGCAAGGCCACCACGACUAUCGAUAUCCUUGAUCUCGCAACCGAGAUCCACCUCCGCUACCGGCGCCGUGCUUCGGUCAUUCACCUCCCGUUCCAUACUCGCCGCUACACUCUCCAUCUGAAGUGGGACGAGAGCUCCAGCCCUUGGCUGUGGAGGCCUGUGGAGUUCAAGAGCACACGCAUGAUCGAGGAGUUUGUGUUCGUCCUCCACCCACUGGCUGGCGACAACAUCCCCCACCGCAGUCCCGAUUUUCAGUCCUGCGAUACUUUCAAGAGCAUUUUCGGGAUGAUGAUUCGAAUCGUGCAGAAGAAGUGCAGCAAGGUCACCAUUGUCGGCGCCAAUACCGUCACCCCGGCUGCUUUUGGUGUUCCCAUACGUUCGGCGCCUAACCCGGAUGGAAUAGAAGUUGUGCGUGCGGCGAUCCUCAACUCGGCCAGGAGCAUUUCGUCCCAGAAGAUUGAGAACAUUCUCACCUUCCUCACCUACGACGAAUGGUGGUCCACCCUAGGCUCCAAGAAGGAGAUUGAGGGAGUCUGGCCAGUCGGCGAGCGCAAGUUCCAGUGCCGCGACUGCACGAGGGUCAUUUCCAACUACCAGACCAGUCUUCCAGCCGAGAAGCGCCGCAAGGACAAGGCCCGCGCACCCCCUCCUCCAAACUAG